UGCCGAUUGGCUGCCGAUUGGCCCAGCUGACUGCUCUCUGUCAGACAGACAGACGGACAGAGAGAGACGGGGAGGUGAUGGAGGCUGCAGCGAUGGGGUCACAGCUGGGGUCUCCAGCAUGGCGGCAGCGUCUUACGACCAGCUGCUGAGACAGGUGGAGGUGCUGAAGAUGGAGAACUCCAACUUGAGACAGGAGCUGCAGGACAACUCCAACCACCUGACUCAGCUGGAGAGCGAGGCGUCCAACAUGAAGGAAGUGCUGAAGCAGCUGCAGGGCACCAUAGAAGAAGAGUCCGGGGAGGCGUCUGGCUCUCAGCUGGAGCUCAUCGAAAGACUGAAAGAGAUGAGCCUGGAGUCUGCGGGGUUUAAGCCCAGGUCGAGGCCUCCUCUUCCCCUCUCGUCCUCCUCCAGCUCAGCCUCCUCUGGCUCCGGAGCUCCUGGAGGAGCAGCCGGAGGAUCCAAAGCUGCAGGCCCCUCCACGACCACCGGCCUCCCCAGGAGAGGCCCACCGCCGGCGGGCAGGGACCAGGAGCGCUGCCUGGAGGAGCUGGAGAAGGAGAGGUGUCUCCUGUUGGCUGAGCUGGAGAAGGAGGAGAAGGAGAAGGACUGGUACUACGCUCAGCUGCAGAACCUCACCAAGAGGAUCGACAGUCUGCCACUCACCGAGAAUUUCACCCUGCAGACGGACAUGAGUCGGCGUCAGCUGGAGUUCGAGGCCCGUCAGAUCCGCUCUGCGAUGGAGGAGCAGCUGGGCUCCUGUCAGGAGAUGGAGAGGAGAGCUCAGGACCGUGUGUCUCGUAUUCAGCAGAUCGAUAAGGACAUCCUGCGGCUGGGAGCACGAUUGCAGGUGGAGGAGCGUCAGGGGGCGACCGACAGCAUCGGGUUGUCCUCCGCUCAGAGCUCCAGCAUCCAGUUGGACCACGAGGCAGCCAAUGAGACGAGCUACUCUGUGCCUCGACGAAUCACCAGCCACCUCGGCACCAAGGUGGAGAUGGUGUACAGCCUUCUGUCGAUGUUGGGGACCCACGAUAAAGACGACAUGUCGCGGACGCUGCUCGCCAUGUCGAGCUCUCAGGACUCGUGCAUCGCCAUGCGUCAGUCCGGCUGCCUGCCGCUGCUCAUCCAGCUGCUCCACGGCAACGACAAAGACUCCCUGUUGCUAGGCAACUCCCGUGGCAGCAAGGAGGCCCGUGCGCGCGCCUCAGCGGCGCUGCACAACAUCGUGCACAGUCAGCCCGACGACAAGAGGGGCCGGCGCGAGAUCAGGGUGCUCCACCUGCUGGAGCAGGUACGCCACUACUGCGAGGAGUGCUGGAGCUGGCAGGAGAACCACGAGAGGGGCGUUGACCAGGAGGAUAACCCCAUGCCGUCUCCAGUGGAGCAUCAGAUCUGUCCGGCUGUCUGCGUCCUGAUGAAGCUGUCCUUUGACGAAGAACAUCGACACGCCAUGAACGAACUGGGUGGUCUGCAGGCGGUGGCUGAGCUGCUGCAGGUGGACUGUGAGAUGUUCGGUCUCAGCAGCGACCAUUACAGCGUCACUCUGCGGCGGUACGCCGGCAUGGCGCUCACCAACCUCACCUUUGGAGACGUAGCCAACAAGGCCACGCUGUGCUCCAUGAAGGGCUGCAUGAGAGCGAUGGUCGCUCAGCUGAAGUCUGACAGCGAGGACCUGCAGCAGGUGAUCGCGAGUGUCUUGAGGAACUUGUCGUGGCGCGCUGAUGUCAACAGUAAGAAGACGCUGCGUGAGGUCGGCAGCGUGAGGGCGCUGACCGGCUGCGCCCUCGAGGUCCAGAAGGAGUCGACCCUGAAGUCCGUGCUGAGCGCGCUCUGGAACCUCUCGGCUCACUGCACCGAGAACAAGGCGGAUAUCUGCGCGGUGGACGGCGCGCUGGCCUUCCUGGUGGGGACGCUGACGCACCGCAGCCACACCAACACGCUCGCCAUCAUCGAGAGCGGCGGCGGGAUCCUCCGCAACGUGUCCAGCCUCAUCGCCACCAACGAGGCGCACAGGCAGAUCCUGCGUGAACACGGCUGCCUGCCGACGCUGCUGCAGCACCUCAAGUCCCACAGUCUGACAAUCGUGUCCAACGCCUGCGGGACACUGUGGAAUCUGUCGGCCAGGGACGCCAAAGACCAGGAGGCCUUGUGGGAGCUGGGCGCCGUCGGCAUGCUGCGCAACCUCAUUCACUCCCGGCACAAGAUGAUCGCCAUGGGCAGCGCCGCCGCCCUGCGCAACCUGAUGGCCAACCGGCCGGCGCGCUACAAGGACGCCAGCGUGGUGUCGCCGGGCGCCGGCGCCCCGUCGCUGCACGCCCGUAAGCAGAAGGCGCUGUUUGAGGAGCUGGACGCCCAGCAGCUAUCUGAGACUUUCGACAACAUUGACAACCUGAGCCCCAAGGCGGCGCACAGAAAGGGGCGUGGCUGUAACAGCGCAGGAGGGGGAGGGGCGCGAUCUUACACCAACACGCCGGUGCUGUCCAGCCCGAAGAACGUGGACGGCUCAAAAAGGCCUGGCGAGGAGGUCGCAUACGGCCGGCCCGUGUUCCCGCCCAGCGUGCGAGCGUCCAGCGACAGCCUGAACAGCGUGACCAGCGCCGACGGCUACGGAAACCGCGGCAAGACCAAACCCUCGGCCGAGCCCUUCUACUCGUCGGACGAGAGCGGCGCCAACAAGUGCUGCGUCUACAGGAAGUACCCGGCCGACCUGGCGCACAAGAUCCGCAGCGCCAACCACAUGGCGGACGACGGCGGCGGCGAACUGGACACGCCCAUCAACUACAGUCUGAAGUACUCGGACGAGCAGCUGAACUCCGGCAGGCAGAGCCCGAGCCACCGCGAGAGCGACGAGGACGACGAGCUGGACGCCCGGCUGAGGAGGCGCAGAAACGACGGCGGCGACCCGGCGCUGACCGGCGGCCGCGCAGCCUCCGCCGGUCAGCGCCGCUACACCGCUGCAGCGGCGACGGCGAACUACGGCGGCGACUCAGAGGUGGAGCAGCCGAUCGACUACAGCCUUAAGUACGGCGCCGACGCCGCCCGCAAACCUCUGCUGCGGCCGGAGGAGAAGGCCGCGGCCUCAGGCCCGCCCCCUCCGUCAUCCUCUGCAAACAAGCUCCGCCCCCCGGCACCCCUGUCUGCCAAUCGGACGGCGCUAAAGGGCAACCAGGAGCUGACGCAGACAUACUGCGUGGAGGACACGCCCAUCUGCUUCUCCAGAGGCAGCUCGCUCUCCUCGCUGUCAUCGGAGGAGGAAGAUGAAGACGGCGACGCCAUCGGGAGGAAGAGGAGAAGCAGGCGGGGCAGUGGCGGCGGCGGUAACGAUUACCCAACACUUCCUGUCAGCGAGAAGGACACACAGGAGCAGCAGCAGAGGCAGCAGAAGGAGGCGGAGAGCCAGACCGCCGCCACCGCAGCGGCCGCAGCCGCGGCCUCCUCCGCUCCCUCCUCACGAGGAAGACGUGGUCACCACCACGGCCACGCCCACCACCAUCACCACCACCACGUGACGUCGUCGUCGGGGGCGAGGACUCCUAAGAGCCCUCCGGAGCAGCCGUACGCCCAAGAGACGCCGCUGAUGUUCAGCCGCUGCACCUCCGUCAGCUCCCUCGACAGCUUCUCCACCUCCUCCAUCGCCAGCUCUGUGCGCUCCAGCGAGCCGUGCAGCGGCAUGCCGAGCGGCGUGGUCAGCCCCAGCGACCUGCCCGACAGCCCGGGUCAGACCAUGCCGCCGAGCCGCGCCAAGACGCCACCUCCGCCCACGCGGAGCACCAAGGAGGAGGAGCGGAGCAAGAAGAAAAAGGACGAGGAGGAGAGCAGCGCCGACGUCCUGCUGCACUUCGCCACAGAGAGCACGCCGCACGGCUUCUCGCGAGCCUCCAGUCUGAGCGCGCUCAGUCUGGACGAGCCGUACAUCGCGCCACAGAUGAAGGGGGCAGAAGAGGAGGAGCAGCACCAGCAGCAGCAGCAGGAGGAGGAGGAGGAGGGAGGAGGAGACGGACAGAGGAAGGACGAGGAGGGAAACAAGCCCAUCCUCGACGAAUCGGACGACGACGAGAUCCUGGAGCAGUGCAUCAACAUGGCGAUGCCCAAGUCGUCACGGAAACCAAAGAAGCCGCAACAGCCCGUGCCAAGGAAACCCAGCCAGCUGCCCGUCUAUAAGGUCCACCCACCCCAAAGCCGCGGCCAAUCACAGCAGAGGAAGGACGUGCCUCAGCCGCCGGAGGAGGUGCCGAGAGUUUACUGCGUCGAGGGAACGCCGCUCAACUUCUCCACCGCCACAUCGCUCAGUGACCUCACCAUCGACUCCCCGCCCAACGAGGAGGCAGUUGUCCCGACUGUAGCCCCACCUGCCCUCGGCCAGCGGAGGGGGGCGGGACUACCCGAGGGCGAGAAUGGAGACGACAUCCUGGCCGAGUGCAUCAGCGCUGCCAUGCCCAAAGCCAAACCCAGAAAACCAAUCAGAGCGUCGGCAAACAGCGAGCACCUCCAAGCCCCGCCUCCUCCUGCGGGCCCGCCCCCUCUCGCCCUGCAGCAGCAGCAGAAGAAGAAGCCAACGUCUCCGGUGAAGCCGAUGCCCCAGCGGCCGGCGUACAGCGUCGCCGCGGCGACAGCUGCCAAAGCCAAGCCGGGGUUCGCCUUUGACUCGCCGCACCACUACACGCCCAUCGAGGGGACGCCGUGCUGCUUCUCACGCAACGACUCCCUGAGCUCGCUCGAUUUCGACGAAGACGACGGCGGCGAGAAGGAAACGGAGAGGAAAUCAAAAGAAGAAGAAGGCAGGAAGAGGAAGCAGCAGCAGACAGCGGCGGUUUUCCCUCGGACGAAACCGGCGACCAACGCCACGGCGUCUGACGAGAGGCAGAAGUUCUCCAUCGAGGACACGCCCGUCUGCUUCUCCAGGAACUCGUCCCUGAGCUCGCUGAGCGACAUCGACCAGGAGAACAACAACAAGGAGUUUGCUCCGCCGCCGCCCGAGGAGAAGGACGGCGGCAAAGCAGGAGUCAAGGAGGCGAAGCCCCGCCCCCCUGUGGCGAGCUGCUACGCUCCCAUUGCAUUCCACGUGGAGGACACGCCCGUCUGCUUCUCCAGGAACUCGUCGCUCAGCUCGCUGAGCAUCGACUCGGAGGACGACCUGCUGCAGGAGUGCAUCAGCUCCGCCAUGCCCAAGAAGAAGAAGAAGGCCGCCAGCGCCACCGGCCCCGUGGCCACGCCUCCUCCGGCUUCCAAAGCCGAGGGCGAUAUUUUGACUGAGGAGGAGCCUUUGGAGGCGCCGAGGAGCCCCACCUCCCCGGAUUCAGAGACGUUUGAUUGGAAGGCGAUCCAGGAAGGCGCCAACUCCAUCGUCAGCAGCCUGAACGCCGCCGCCGCGUCGUCGUUGUCGCGGCAACCGUCGUCCGACUCCGACUCGGUCCUCUCCCUGAAGUCGGUGGGCUCGCCGUUUCGCCUGCCAGCAGCCAAUAACAACGCAGAAGAAGACCCAGAGGAGACGGAGGAGGUGGCGAUGAAGCGAGGGGCGAGAAUCCUGAAGGGCGGCGAGCGCAGCACGUUGGAGGCCAAGAAGAAGAAGGAGGAGGAGGAGGUUGAGGAGGAGGAGGCCAAGGCCUUGAGAGGAGGGAAGAAGGUGUACAGGAGCCUGAUCACGGGAAAGCCGAGGGCGGAGCCAUCUGCUAGGGGGCGGAGCAAGCCUAGAACAGCAGCUGCGGCCAAACCUCCCGGAAACCUCGACGGCGCCGACAGAGGAGGCGGGUCCUCUCGCGACUCCACGCCGUCCCGCUCCGCCAAUCAGAAAGGAGGGAAGACGCUGCAGAUGCCACGCACGGCGUCUCCGGGAAGCGCGUCGUCCUCCUCCUCUUUGGCCUCCAGACCAGCCAAGCAGAGCGGGGCGGCGAAGGGCGGCGGCCUCCCGAGGAGCGAGUCUGCGUCGAAGGUCAGCGGCUCUACGGCCGCCAAGAAGCCGAAGGCGGAGCCUGAGAAGCCGGCGCUGGUCCGUCAGUCGACAUUCAUCAAAGAAGCACCGAGUCCCACGCUGAAGAGGAAGCUGGAGGAGUCCGUGGCGGCUGCGAGCGGGUCGGAGUCGCCGACCAGCCCCGGCACUCCGCUGCCAUCGACGACCAGGAGGCACGACGUCAACCGCUCGCACUCCGAGAGCCCGUCACGCUCACAGGAAGUGACGUCAUCGCGGUUCAGCCGCACAGGCACGUGGAAGCGGGAGAGCAGCAGCACCGGCGGAGGAGGCGGAGCCGGCAAACACGCAACCUCGUUGCCCCGCGUGGGCACGUGGAAGCGGACGGGGAGCUCCUCCUCCGUCCUGUCGGCUUCAUCGGAGUCCAGCGAGAAGGGGCGGAGCGAGGAGGAGGGCGCCGCCAGGUCAAACGGGACGUGGAGGAAGGGGAAGGCCGGCGGCGAUACGGCGGCCGGACGCUUCUCGGACAAGUCGGAGGACGUGUGGGUGCGUCUGGAGGAUUGUCCCGUCAACAACCCGCGCUCCUCCUCCGCCUGUUCUGCCCGCUCGCCCACCGCCAACGCACCCCCCAUCAUCGACAGCCCGGCGCCCUCCAAGAUCCCCUCCUCCUCCUCCUCCUGCUCCUCCUCCAACCUCAACCUGCGCCGGAGCUGCGAGAGCCUGGACGACAAGCCGACGCCCCCCCCGCCCGAAUGCCCAACACCACCACAACAACAACAACAACAACAACGCAGUCAGCAGCGGAGCGGCGCCGUGGCGGCUCGGGUCAGCCCCUUCAACUACACGCCGAGCUCAAGGAAAGGAAGCGCCGACGUCAACGCCACGCCCCCAGUGACCACAGCGGGGUCUUCCUCGUCGACCUCCACGACCCCCACACGACCUUCACUCAUCCCCACGCCCGUCACUAAGAAACGAGAGCCUAAGGGCGGCGAGGGCGGCGGCGGGGGGGCGGAACGCGGCUCGUACAUCGUGACGUCGGUGUGAAGAUAAACAUGGACGUGUAAAUACGGAGAGAGUCUUUGAACUGAACUGUACAGGAAGUGCGUCUGUAUUAAAGCGCUAGCCCCGCCCCCCCCCCCCUCCACUCAUUGGCUCCUCUCACCUGCCAGUCAUGGUUCUUUAUUCAAGGAGAGAACUUUAAAAGUGAACUUUUUAUGUUUUUAUACCACUAAUAUGAUAAGUAGCGCUUAGCUCCGCCCCUUUCUGCCUGUGUUCCUGCAUGGCCCCGCCCCCUUAACAAUGUCAGUUACCACGGUGAUAUGAUGACGCUGAUGAUGAUGUUUCUGCUAGCUGUAGCGUUUGAAGACGAUUCUGCUCUUUGGGACGUUUUCACAUUUUUUUCAGUUUGUUCUGGAAAAAAAAUCACAAUAGACUUUUCUCCUGUCAGCGGGUAGAAAUUAAUUUAUUCUCUCCGUGUGGAGACAGCUUGGUGGGUUCAACGUGUCCGAUGUAACGAUUCCCAGUUGAGAGUAAAAUAAUCUCCACUAAAGCUGCUUUGAAUGAGACGUUCCCGAAGGAGAAGAAGAGGAAACCUCUGGUGACCUCUGAGAGAACAAAUAACACUGUAAACGUAAGUUAUUGCUGUAAAACCGUAAGAACCUUUCACUUAAGCACAUAAUUUAAAACCAGUAUGAUUUUUGCCAAAAAGAGUUUCCAUGGCUGUAACUUUAUUUUCACUGUUGUGUUCGAGGAAGACGAGUCAGGCAAAAAUGUUUUUGGUGAAAUGUUAAACUGAUGAAUAAAAGUCAACAUUUUAACUGCAAA